AUGGUCUCCCCAACUAAUAGCACUUCCAUCACCAUCUCGUGCCACUGCGGCGCGGCCCGGCAGACGCUGAGCGCACGAGGCAGCCGGGGCGUCUUCUCCGACGCGUUCUUCUGCCACUGCAGCACCUGCCGCCGCACGACCGGCGUCCUGUGCGCCUCGUACGCCCCGGUCUCGCCGCCGCCGGCCACCGCCACCACGGGGCUGGAAGCGUACGCACUCUCACCCACGACCACCGCAUACUUCUGCUCCACCUGCGGAUGCCACGUCUUCCGCGCCCGGCGCCCGUCCGCUUCUGCUGGCGCCGGGGAACGGGAGUGGGAGUGGGAGGUAGCGACGGGCACCAUCACCCACGUCCCCGACGAGGAGGAGGAGGAGGAGAAGCGGGAGGGGGAGAAGAAGGAACGAUACAAGUUGCCCGAGCAAUGGCGCCACCGGCACGUCCGAGACACCAAGGACGGCGGGCUGGCAGUCUGGCUGCCGGCCGGGCUUUCCCGGCUCUCAGAUGGUAAGGAGGAGGAAGAGGAAGAAGAAGAAGAAGAAAAUCAAGAAGAGGCAGGAACCGUCGAUAACGACGACGACGAGGACGACGGCAGCAGCAGCGGCGGCGGCGGCGGCGGUGAAGGCGACACCCUCCUGGCGGCAUGCCACUGCGGUUCCAUCGGCCUCCGCAUAACCCGGCCAGCGCCGAAGGACUCGCCGCUGAACCCGGAUUCGGGCUACCCGGACCUGCUCCUGGCCUACGCCAGCACGUCGCCGGCCGUGGUCGCCAACCCGGCCCACGAGCGGUGGUAUCUCCGCUCGCGGGGGCCCAGGGACGAGGACGAGGACGAGGACGAGGACAAGGACGACAACGAGCGCGGGGGCAGCGACGGGUCCUCUUACGCUUACUACCUCGCCGGUACCUGCGCCUGCCCAAGCUGCCGGCUGACCUCGGGCUUUGAGAUCCAGACGUGGGCCUUCAUCCCCCGCCGCAACAUUCUCAUCCACCACCAAACUCCAUCGUCGAUAACGAGGAACUGCCGGCAGCCCGUCCCGCUCGACUUUGCCGCCCUCCCCCCCGGGACCCCGUUGAGGCAAUACGAGUCCUCCCCCGGGCGGAUGCGCGAGUUCUGUGCCCGCUGUGGCGCCACGGUCUUCUGGCACGACAAGUUCCGGCCCGAUCUCAUCGACGUCAGCGUGGGCUUGCUGAGGGCCGAGGGUGGGGAUAGAGGUGGCGCGCGGGCAGAGAAUUGGCUGGAGUGGUGGACCGGAAGGGUCAGUUUCUCCGAGCAGGCUGGAGAGGGCCGGACGGGCGCGGCCAAGGCGUGGGGAGAGAGAGUUAUCCGGGCUCUGGAGGAGGGAAUGGGGAGAGCGCAUCGUGGACAUGAACGGCAUCGGGACAAAGAAGAGUAA